UACUGAGUGAUGCUGACAAUAUCAGAGUGGAUGACCAAAAAGUGUGGACCUUUCCAGCGUUGAAAAGUAAGGGUCCUGCCACCACAGCACAGUUCUAGUGAGGUUUCUGUAAGGGAUGCUUGCAUUUUUACUACCUUUGUAUAUAGUGUGGUAUAAAUGCAACUAAAAAUGGAAAUUGGUUAUACAAACCUGUGUGAAUCGUGAAUGAGUCCGCGCUGCCAUCUAGUGGCAUUAUAUAAAACUAUAAUAUAUCGAAGAACAGCAACAAUAAAUCUUCACCAUAAGUUACAGCAAUCACAAAACCGUUCAUGUACGUGUCACAAAUAUGUAAUAACAGUGUGGUACGUAUACAAACUCUCAUCUGCAGCUGAUAAGAAGUUGAAGCUUUGUAUUAAAAUCACUAAAUUGCACCAGCCUUUUUAUGUUUAUCUGCAAAUGAUCUGGUAGGCUAUUACUGAUCAAGCAUUUCGGGAAAUUUUUAAAUUCCACUGAACCCAAUAAACUUUAAUUUGACCCAUCUGUUGUUUGGGGAGACUAUAAGCUUAAAUGUAACAAUGUUUAUAAAAGUUACCCUGAUAAAACAUAACACGAUAAGCCAAUAUUUGUACAAAUAGCAUUCUAAUGAAUCAAAUUAGAGUCGACUGACUGACUGACUUACUACAACUACUUAUCAGUGAUUUUAUAGCAAAUGGCUUCCAAAAACUAACUUGGUCAAUUUUCAUAUCGGAUAUUUGUUUUAUCUCAAGUAAAAUACCACCAGACUACAAAUGAAAAAUUCACCUAAAAUAUUUUCUAAAAUACCCAACAUUACAUAAAUACUCAUACCAACAUUAUGAGUAAAUUGAGUCCGUUCUUUCUUUUAGUAGGGGAAAAAAAUAAAUAAAUAAAAAAUAAAAUCGCGAAUCAGAAGUCACGUGACGUAGAAUGUUCAGUGUUCAGCAGCGAGCUGAAAAAGAACAUGGCGACUGACGAGGAUCCGGAAGAUUAUUUUGUUCGAGAAAUAGAGAAAAAUGACGGGUCUGUUUUAAGAAUGUAUCAGUGCAGCAAAGGGGACGUGGGCUGUGUAGUAUGGGACGCUGCUAUUGUCCUGUCAAAAUACCUGGAAACGGAACAAUUUUGCAGUGUUCAGUCUGUUGUUAGUAUGUGGUCCUCUAAGAACAUUAUUGAACUGGGCGCAGGGACAGGACUCGUGGGUCUCGUGGCUGCAACUCUGGGGGCAAAUGUCACAGUGACAGAUCUGGAAGACCUGCAGCCUCUCCUUCAACUAAACAUUAGGAAAAAUCAGCAUCUCAUCCACACAGGCUCAAUCACAGCCAAGGUAUUGAAAUGGGGAGGAAAUGUCGAAGAAUUUUUACCUCAUCCUCAUUAUAUUCUGAUGGCUGAUUGUAUCUACUAUGAGCAGUCUGUGGAGCCACUGGUGGAGACUCUGAAACUCUUGUCUGGACCAGAGACGUGUAUCAUCUGUUGCUACGAGCAACGCACUGUUGGUGUAAAUCCUGAAAUAGAAAAGAGAUUCUUUGAGCUACUUCUGCAAGAAUUCCGGUCAGAGGAGAUCCCAUCUGAGAAACAAGACCCUGAGUUCAACAGUCCUGACAUUCGCAUUCUCCACCUGCGACGAAGAGUCGACUGAAUGGCUUUAUUUGAUCUUCUGUUUGACAUGGCGAGGAUGGGUUGUGUGUGUUUGUGUUUCAGUGGAUUGUGGUGUUGUUGGUCAGAUGUUUGUCACUGAACCAUAUGAAUACAAACUGUUUUUAAGUGCUUAUUAUGUGGUAAGGGAGGUCGGCCUUAAUGUGAGCUUAUCUGUUUUUGCAGACAAACAAGUUUAAGUGAACGGUUCUGUGUGUGUUAAACUGGCAAAAAUAAAUCUCCGAUUUAGAGAAUGUUUAACUGAGUGUGAUCUGUAAA